AUCGCCGCUCCUGCUGUUCCGAAUUCCGUGUAUCUGCCAUUUCACGAUGUGGAAGCGCGAAUAAGACAUAAUCACCUGUCUGCCUGCUUGAGUGGGCGGAUGGUGUAUGUGUCCGCUUCGUACGACGUCGUGGCCGCUCAUAUCGAUCCUAUUACUGGUCAACCCGCAUUCUAUAAUCUAAUAACUCUGCCUAGCCCUGCUACACUCCGGCCGACUCUAUAUCCAGAAUACCCAGCUGUCCACACUAUCAGCGGUAACGUCCUUGCGAUUUCGGACGGUUCGGGUCAGAUUCACGUGGUGGAAGUGGAAGCUCCUCAUGCUUCAGGAUCUGGAUUGCUGCUGGGAUCUUACAAGCUAUCUACUGGGGACGAGGAUAAUAUUUUGCCUUUCCGGAUGCAUCAUGUCAGGAUAGACACCGGCGAUGAAGUGCACUGCAUCAUCUCGGUGUCGACACGAGUCACAACACCAGCACCAUCGUCCACCAAGGGUGGGUCAACCGAGAAGACCUCUUACCGUCUAAUGAGUGUCUCAUUCAAGAUAUCAAAACAACCACUUCCAGGUGUCCAGCUGCUCACUGUAGACUGGGCAAUCACGGGCGAUAGCCUUCCUCUUCUCUUCUUGCACGAUCCAGAUGCGCAAAGAUACAUCCUAGCCUCAUCCACCCCACUAGGUGCCCUUCCUUCACAUCCACCUCCCGACCCGCAAGCGGACGAAAUCGCACCCAUUCCGCGACCGGACGAGAACAUGAAUGACGUUCCUGCAAUACGAGACCUCAAACCGCCGCCUUAUUCCUGGACUCAAACAAACGACUCCGUCACGGUCGUGUUCCCGCUGCCUAGCACUACGCCAAAAGCGAGCAUCCGCGUGCUAUUCUCUGCGCAAAACCUAACUCUUCUUGUUUCGGAUCGCGACACACGCACUGCAUUCCCAUUCCCUGUAUACGUACGCAAGUUGUUCUGGGACGGUAUACAUUCGGAUACGAGCUACUGGACAUGGGACAGGGCAGGGGAUAAGCCUGGGUCAUCGAUCGGGCUGCUUUCCCUGCAUCUGGACAAACAACACGAAGGGACGCGCUGGAUACACGUGUUUGCUGCUGCUGGAACUGCGACCGCGGAAGAGGAAGACGUCGACGUCCCGGAGAUGGUUGAUCCCUCGGAGCUGGCGAACAUCCGCGAGCAACUGGAGAAAUGGACAACGCAAUUCGGUGACGACAACUUGAGUGGAUCCGGGAUCGGAAGGAACGUCCCUAGCCUGCUAGACGGAGAGAUGGAUGAGGAUGGGGAUGACCAGGUCGGUCGCAGGGUCGUCUUCUCGUACGUGACGGAGGGUGGGCAGGUAGUAUGCCCUGCCCCACACGCACCUGUGGACCUGCUCUCCGUACCAUUUCCCCACACGGGAGCGAAUGUGGUGGUCAAGCAUACGCUGGACGGUCUAUUCUUUGCGGCUCCAACGAGCACAUCCCCCGAGGAGCCGUCGUUGGAGUGGAAGCAUGCGGCAACUUACCCCGCGCUCGCGUUCGUUCUUGCCUCUAAACGAGACGUCAAGUUCACGUUCCACCAUGGACCGAAUAUCGUACUCGCCUUUGAGGGUGGGACGGGGAAGGGGCUCAGUAUUGGGGGUAAUGUGUAUAUGUACGAGGGCGCAGAUGGACAGAGGACCUCAGGGCAGGCAGUUCUGAGGGUGAGUGGUGGAGAGAGUGGACCGCUGAUGGGUGUCCAACUUGUCGAAGUAGGAGGGAAGACAGCGCUUGUCUGCCUAUGUGAGAAAGCGCUCGUGGUCGUCAGGGACAUUCUAGGGUGGUGAAGGAUACCAAUGUCGAGAAUCUGUACCAAGUAUUGGGAAAUGAAUUACG